AUGCAUCACAAGUCAAGUCCGCUCGAUCCGAACACUACUCGCCCACGAGGAUCUCCCACACGGCUUGCAACUCCAUUCACACUCAAAUGCUUGAAAUGCAACACAUACAUACACAAAAACAAAAGACACAAUGCAUUCAAGGAAACCGCGCAUGGAAAGGACUAUCUAGGCGUACCAAGCUACCGCUUCCACAUCAAAUGCACUGCAUGCAAGCAAACACUCAGCAUACUGACCGAUCCAAAGAAUGGAGCAUAUGUUCCUGAAAGUGGAUGCGUGAAGGUGGAGGAGCAAUCAUCACCGAGUAUGGAAGCAACUGCAGAGCUGCCUCAGAUCACAUCCAGCAGAUUGCGUUCAGAAUCAAGCAUGAAGGACCAAAUAAGCACUCUUCUUAAGCAGUCCAGGCAUGUGAGCUCUGCAAAUGCACGUUUAGACCAUAGAAACAGGGACAGCCAAUCUAGUUAA